AUGUCGAUGUUUAUGCCAAUUAUUGCUGGUCACCGAGGUUUCAAGGCCCAAUACCCUGAAAAUACCAUUGGAGGUUUUGACAAAUGUUUCGCAUCAGGAGCUAGUAGUUUUGAAACUGACUUAUAUUUGACUACUGAUGAAGUUUUGGUCGUCUGUCAUGAUGCUAACACUAAGAGAACUUACCAGUAUGAAAAUGGUGAUGAAGCUGAUUUCAUAAUAACUCAAUCUUCUUAUGAAAAAGAUUUGAAAGAUUUAGUCAAUAUAAAAAGUGGUGAUAAAUUGUUGACGUUUAAACAUUUAUUGAAAUGGUUUAGUAGUUAUGAUUUAGAAGAAAAUGAUCCAAAGAUAAUCAUGUUGGAUGUUAAAGGUACAAAUGUUAAAAAAAUUACCAAAUAUAUUGUCCUGGAAGCUUUAACAAUAAGAGAUGAUAUAAAUUAUUGGUUACAAAGAUUUCAAUUCGGUUAUUGGGAUAUUGAAUUUGUUAAGUAUAUUAACCAAAAUGAAUACUUUCAAGAAUUAUAUGAUAAAUAUGACAUAACAGAAAAGUUCCAAAUUUAUCAUAUCACAGGUAAUUGGAAAUUAUCAAUGGCAUACAUAGGAUAUAAUCAUUAUUUAGAUGCAACAUAUGGCAAAGAAAGAAAAUUAUUCAAGUUUACUGGGGUUUCAUUAUUAUAUUUGGCUACAUGGUCAACAGAUUAUUUGGAAAAAUUCAUACCUUUUGCCAAAGCUGAAGGACUUUCCAUUUAUAAUUGGACUAUAAAUAAUGUAUUCCAAUAUGAAUAUUUCGUCAAAGUUAGUAAAAAUGCUGGUAUAGAACAUUAUGGAUUAAUCAGUGACGAUCCAAGUAUCAUGCAAGCUCAUAAAGAUAAGUCUCACGAUAAGCUUGACGGUAGGGUUGUUGUUACAUUAUCACAGCAAUUAAGUAAUUGGCUCUUCAGCCAAUUCUUGAAACUCUUACCUUUGAAACAACCAGACUAUAAGUCUAUUGUUAAUGGUGAUGAACGUGCUAUGAAGAAACCUCCAAGUAAAGUUGGUAUGUAUAUCUUCCAAAUCUGUCAAAGAUUAGGUAUUUUCUAA